UCGCAAUCCGCGAUCAAAAAGAUAGUAGGCCUAGUGAUGAAACACGAACACAAACAAUAACAUUGUUAUGAACUGCUUGUCACGUUGUUAAAUUUCAAGUGUAAAGAUAGAUAACCGGGGAAAAGUCUACAAUUAAGUAUACCUACAUCGGUUCAAGUUAAGAAUUGGAUAUGACAAACGAAGCAUGUGCAACUGCUGAAAAAGUGAAUGAGUUAAAACUGCUGUCUACAUCAGGUGAUGGCGAGGAGGAUGAGAAGGGAGGUACAGAUGAUGUCGUGAAUCCGUGGGAGGUACACGCAACCGAUGAGAAAGGCAUUGACUACGAUAAGUUAGUCAAGAGAUUCGGAAGUUCUAAAAUAGACGAUGAACUUGUGCAGCGAUUUGAGGCGGUGACGGGACACAAGGCGCACCAUUUCCUGCGACGGGGAAUAUUCUUCUCACAUAGGGACAUGCACAUGAUACUGAACAGGUAUGAGCAGAAGAAGCCAUUCUUCCUCUACACUGGCCGGGGCCCCUCUCAUGGCUCGAUGCACCUGGGACAUUUGAUUCCAUUUAUAUUCACAAAGUGGCUGCAGGAGGUGUUUGAUGUGCCGUUAGUGAUACAACUGACCGACGAUGAGAAGUUUCUCUGGAAGGACCUGAAGGUCGAGGAGGCGAACCGGCUGGCUUAUGAGAAUGCUCGCGACAUCGUAGCGUGUGGCUUUGACGUUGAUAAGACGUUCAUCUUCAGUGAUAUCGACUACAUCUCCUCAUCACGGGCGUUCUACCUGAACAUGCUGCGCAUCCAGAAGUGCGUGACCUUCAACCAGGUGAAGGGCAUCUUCGGAUUCGACGACAGCACGUGCAUCGGCAAGGUGGCCUUCCCGCCGAUCCAGGCGGCGACGUCGUUCUCAAACUCGUUCCCGCAGAUCUUCGCGGGCAAGAAGGACAUUCCCUGCCUCAUCCCGUGUGCAAUAGACCAGGAUCCAUACUUCCGCAUGACGAGGGACGUGGCGCCACGACUCGGCUAUCCGAAGCCCGCGCUGAUUCACUCCAGCUUCUUUCCGGCCCUCCAGGGGGCGCAGACGAAGAUGAGUUCGAGCGAGGCCACGUCGUCGGUGUUUCUCAACGACACGAACGCGCAAAUCAAGAAUAAGAUAAAUAAGCACGCAUUCUCCGGAGGCCAGGUGACAGUGGAGGAGCACCAGAGGCUGGGAGGAAAUUGUGAUGUCGACAUAGCAUACCAGUAUCUCACCUUUUUUUUGGAAGAUGACGAUAAACUGAAGCAAAUCAAGGAGGACUACACGAAGGGGGCGCUGCUAACGGGGCAUUUGAAGAAGGAGCUGAUCGGAAUCCUGCAGGCAAUAGUGACGUCGCAUCGCGAGCGAAGAGCGCUGGUGACUGAUGAAGUACUCGAACAGUACAUGACUCCCCGCAAACUCAAGUACAACUACUGAUCCGUGACGCCUGUCAGAACCUAAAGCAAGUUAUGAGAAAGUUAGCAUGAGAGGGCAAGAGGGAGAAUGUGGGGGGGCAGAGGGAGAGAGAAAGAGAGAAGGAGGUGAGG